AUGGUUAAACAAAUUCUUUUAUUAGGAUCCGGUUUCGUUGCUAAACCAACCGUGGACAUUUUGUCUAAAACUCCAGAUUUCAAGGUUACAGUUGCUUGCCGUACCUUAUCGAAGGCUAAGGAAUUGGCUGGUGAUGUUGCCGAUGCUAUUUCAUUAGAUGUUACUGAUGAAAAGAGCCUUGAUGCUGAAGUUGCAAAGGUUGACUUAGUUAUUUCUUUAAUUCCAUACACUUUCCAUGUCAACGUUGUCAAGUCAGCAAUUAAGAACAAGAAGCACGUUGUUACUACUUCUUACAUCAACCCUCAAUUAAGAGAAUUAGAACAACAAAUUAAAGAUGCUGGUAUUACAGUUAUGAAUGAAAUUGGUUUAGACCCAGGUAUCGAUCACUUAUAUGCCGUCAAGACUAUUGAAGAAGUUCACCAAAAGAACGGUAAGAUUAAGUCUUUCUUAAGUUACUGUGGUGGUUUACCAUCCCCAGAAAAUUCUGAUAAUCCUUUAGGUUAUAAAUUUUCCUGGUCUUCUAGAGGUGUUUUAUUAGCCUUAAGAAACUUUGCUAAAUACUGGAAAGAUGGUAAGGUUGUCGACGUUAAGUCUGAAGAUUUAAUGGCUACUGCUAAACCAUACUUCAUCUACCCGGGAUUUGCUUUCGUUUGUUACCCAAACAGAGAUUCCACCACUUACAAGGAAUUAUAUAGCAUUCCUGAAGCUGAAACUGUCAUCAGAGGAACCUUGAGAUUCCAAGGUUUCCCUGAGUUUGUUAAGGUUUUAGUCGACCUUGGAUUCUUAAAGGAGGAUGAAUCCCCUAUCUUCAGUAAGCCAACUGCUUGGAAAGAUGCUUUGGCUGCUCAAAUUGGUGCUAAAUCUUCAGAAGAAAAAGAUUUAGUUUCUAAGAUCUCUGAAGUUGGUACCUUCAAGAGUGAAGAAGACAAAGAACGUAUUUUGUCUGGUUUCAAAUGGUUAGGUUUAUUCUCUGACAAACAAACCACUCCAAGAGGUAACCCAUUAGAUACUUUAUGUGCUACUUUAGAAGAAAAGAUGCAAUAUGAAAAGGGAGAAAGAGAUUUAGUUGUCUUACAACAUAAGUUUGGUAUCGAAUGGGCCAAUGGUGAAACCGAAAUCAGAACUUCCACUCUUGUUGACUACGGUAAUCCAGAUGGUUAUUCCUCGAUGGCUAAAUUAGUCGGUGUCCCAUGUGCAGUUGCCACCCAACAGAUUUUAGAUGGCACUUUGAACAUCAAGGGAUUAUUAGCCCCAAUGUCCUCAGAUAUUAACGACCCAAUUAUGAAAACCUUAAAGGACGACUAUGGUAUUUAUUUAGUUGAAAAGACUGUUGGUUAA